AUGUCGACAGAUGGGCGAUGGUACGCAUGGCUGCCGCGCUCACGCACCUCCGCCCUCUAACCUGCGCCGCCUCCGCCGCCGUGUACUCUUCCCGGCUGGUGCCGCAACCGCCGGACCUGAUCAAGUGGGUCAGGAGAGAAGGCGGGUCCGUCCACCCGUCGGUGAAGAUAGCAACCUCCGAGCGGCGAAAUGGCCUCGGUUUAAUUGCUUCUGAAGAUAUCCCCAAAGGAUCUGACCUAAUUUCUCUCCCGGAGAAUCUCCCGCUGCAGUUUGGCGCGGUGGAAGCUGAUUCUCCGAUGUCCAAAUUGGCUCAACAAGUCCCUGAGGAGCUAUGGGCUAUGAAAUUGGGUUUGAAGCUUCUGCAAGAAAGAGCAAGAAAAGGGUCUUUUUGGUGGCCAUACAUAUGCAAUCUUCCAGAGACUUAUAGUGUGCCUGUUUUCUUUCCUGGAGAAGAUAUAAAGAACUUGCAGUAUGCCCCUCUUCUUUAUCAGGUAAACAAGCGGUGCCGAUUUCUUCUAGAAUUCGAGAGACUAGUGAAACAAGAGCUAGAUAAUGUGAAGCAAGAUGAUCACCCUUUUGAUGGCCAACAUGUGGAUUCAUCUGCACUUGGGUGGGCCAUGUCAGCUGUUUCGUCUCGUGCAUUCCGCUUGUAUGGUGGCAAACAUCUAGACGGGACCCAUGAAGAUGUUCCGAUGAUGCUCCCACUAGUUGACAUGUGUAACCACAGCUUCCAUCCGAACGCAGAGAUAAUACAGGAACAUGAAGCUGGUGAUGGGAAAAUGCUUGUAAAGGUGAUUGCUGCAGAAAACAUAAAAGGAAAUGAUGAACUAGAACUGAACUAUGGUUGCCUGAACAAUGAUCUCUUUCUUAUUGAUUAUGGGUUUGUGGUGCCUUCAAAUCCCUAUGACUGCAUUGAGCUCAAGUAUGAUGCAGCUCUUCUUGAUGCUGCCAGCAUGGCUGCUGGAGUUCAUUCCCCAAACUUCUCUUCACCUGCCCCUUGGCAGAAAGAAAUUUUAUCCCACCUAAAUCUGGAGGGUGAAAACUCUGAUCUCAAGGUCAGGCUAGGGGGUUCGGAUGUCGUUGAGGGCCGUUUGGUGGCUGCUUUAAGGGCAUUGCUAUCGAACGACGAGGACUCGGUUCGAAACCACAGUAUAGACAUGCUCAAGUCACUGUCUGCCCAAUCUCCCCUUGGAACACCAAACGAAGUUGCUGCUCUCCGCACCAUUGUUGCCUUGUGUGUGAUUGCUCUAGGACACUUUCCUACUAAAAUCACGGAGGACGAGUCUUUGUUGAAACAGAACAUUUCUGAGACGACCGAUCUGGCUAUCCGGUUCAGGGUUGAGAAGAAGUCUGUGAUCAUAGAUGUCAUGAGAGAUCUUACAAAGAGGGUGAAGUUGCUUCUCUCAAAGGAAUCUGCCUCUGCUCAAAACUAGGUACCAUUUUACACCUUACCUUUUGGGGCAAUUUGUAUGUCUGCUUUCCUUCUAGGUUUCUGAUUGCAUGGAACUUGCCACAAUUUGGGUAAAAAAAAAACCCCAAGAAAAUGGGGCUUUAAUGUUUGGUUUUACCUUGGAAAUAUUGAAGGAAGAAUGUCUUUUUAAUUUUUAUUUUUCAGAUAUGUUUAGACUUUAGAUUGUAGUGUUUACAACAACAACCUAGUCCAUUAUUUAAUGUACAACAACAAGCAAAUGAAGUUUAAUGUGCAUU